CUUUAGUUCAAGAAACGAAAGAAAAGGAAGAUCCAAUGAUAAGAAAGAGUUUCAUGGAAAAUUUGAAGAAUGGUUGUGGUCAGAUUAGGCCCUUAUUCAGUUUUCCACAUCUACCCUUAUUACUUCUAGUUUGUGGCCUUCAAGGUUUCCAACUCAUGAGUCUGAGCACUCUGCGCUUAUGGAUGCCCCAACUCUUUCAAGCCAUAACUGACUACAAGUAUCUCAACAAUGGGACAUCGUCCAGCUUAUGUCAGAUGCUUAGUGUUAUUCGUCCUACCAAAGGAAAAACCGAAGAAUGCUUUGUAAAUUUCGACAAUCUAGAAGUUUAUCUGAAAUCGGCUGUGGCUUCCUCCAUGCUUCUCAUCGGAUAUCUACUUGCUGGAAGUUUGAUCAAUGCAGUUGGACAAAAAAGGUUGUUGAAUGUCAUAAGCAUUGUGUCCAGUUGCGCAGCUGUUGGCUUGUAUCUAGCUCCUAAUAGCGAGUCAGUCACCAUAGCAAUAUCAGCCUUCAAAAUGUUUGCUGGGGUUGGAACCAAUGUUAUCAUUGUUAUUAUUGUGAACUUCUUCCCAACAACGUUGAGAACUAUGGCGGUAUCUUUGUCAAUGAUGACUGGAAGGGGAGCUGCCAUGUUUGGUAACUUGAUAUUUCCGUAUUUGCUUAGAAUAGGAUGUGCCCCUCCCUUCCUGACCAUCGCUGGACAAGCUUUUGCUCUUUUUUUUCUUUCACUGAUGUUGCCGAAAGAGAGGAGCAGUUUCAUUUGAAGACUGAUUGUAUUUUUUAUUUUUCAAUAAAAUUUAUGCUUAA